UUUCCGCCAUUAUUGAAGGCGGGAAUUUCCUACAAGGAAUUAUGUCCGACUGUGAUCCGGAAAGACAAGCGGAGAUAAGGCUGCGUGGCCCUCAGUGGGAACACGAUCAGCACACACUUAUAUUCCGUGGUUGACUUUGGUUGGACAUCAAUUUUCUCUCUCUCUCUCUAUAUAGAGAUCGCCUGCCUGUCUUUACUUCCAUUGGCGGCCUCCUCUGUUUCUCCAUACGGUCUUCUCGUCAAGUAGUUGGCUCCGAAGAUGGGCAUGGCGUUCAAGAUCUUCACGAGGCUGGCGGUGUGUUAUCUGUGCUUCUCUUGGUUCCUCUUGACUGCCACCGCCGUUCCCGCCACCCGUAAGCGAGCCGGAAGCUUGAGGUCGAGCAACGAAAUCAAAUCGCUCCCGGAACAGGAAUCGCCUUCUCUGGAUGGCGUGGAGUUGAUGGAACGAGGAGGGACUUACGAAGUGGAGGGAAGGAUGGAGAUGGAGAUCAACGACUAUCCAGGAGCAGGCCCUAAUCCUCGUCACGAACCACCCCCAUUGCCUGCAACUAAAACCCCUUGACAGUUGACACCAUAAUGGAACUUGUCUACCAUUUGCUUGCUCCUGGAGAACGAUAAGUGAUGUCUUUUCGUCAAUGUAAAGAGAUGACUGGAUGAAUUUACAGGAAAAGGCUUAGGACUGGAGGGUUCUUUUUUCUUUGGGUUUGUGCCUGUACGAUCCGCAAUAUUCACUGGAGAUAAAGAUUAUGUUCGUGUUUACUGUCUAA